AAGCCACCAAUGCAGUGAGAGGACGCUGUUCGUAAGUUGUUUGUCACCGGCUCGGAGUCAGUAUUGAACAGGUUCUCCUAGAAGUUGCAGCGUUUGUUCUGUGUCCUGGUGUCGUUUGUUGUGAGCUGUCAUUAAUAAUGGCGUGGGUUCCCUUAGAAUCAAAUCCUGAUGUGAUGAAUAAGGUGAGUUUCUAACCCCCGCACUGUUGUAAGUAAAUUGCGCAUGUCGACGGAUGCUGAUCUGGUAAGUUCAUGUAGAUUGGGUUAAGUUCGAAACCAGUUGCUUUAACAGUACCGGUAUUUAUGAAAAAUUGUGGUAUCACGAAAAGUUCUACCGGCAAGAAAAUACUUGAGUACUGAAAAUGUUAGUUUUUCACAACUAUGUUCGGAAUAGGAAAAUCGAUUAGGCCUACUGUUGCGUGACAGGAAGUAGUAUUUCACAUCAUAAUUGGUUGUGAAGUAUAGUGAAAGUUUGUGCAAUAAAUCAUUAAAACCAUACAUUUAAACUCCUAAUUUUUGUGCCUAAUAAUUUUCUGUGGGAAUGGUAUGAAAUUGGAAAGAAAGAUGUUUGCGGUAGUGUAUAGUUAGUGGAACAUUUGUAACGUACAAAUCUAUUAUGCGGGUGCCCACUAAAUGUUAGUGUUUUUCAGAAAUGUUAGCUUUCGAAUAGUAAUAAAUCAAAUUGCUUUAAGGAAUAACUGCAGUGCGCAACACAUUUUGUUGUAGAGGGUACUACAUUCCUGUAUUGUGUUUUAUGUAAUAGAUGCCGAUGCCUUUUAAUGAAUUUCUCACGUCUGCUUAAAGGUUUACUUAGGAUUAAUGUGCUGCAGCGGCACAAUCUGAAACCAGUAACCAAUCAGUCUGCUCCGUUGCAGUUCACUUCCAUGUUGACCGGACAUGGACAAUGCAUAAGACACUACUCUAGUUUCCAUUUAAUUCAGCUACUGUUUGCGGUGCGAGUGUUUUUGUUCCUGCACAAUAACCCACACUACAUUAGCAGUAGUUUAAGAUAAUGUAGCGAUAAGAACUGCUUGAGUAGUUAGAAGAUAUUUGCUGUGUCAGAUGUCGACCCUGCCAAACAGUCUAUUGGUUAUAGACUGUAGAUUAAAACUGAAGCAAUCACAAAAAGGUAGGAAAUUGAGAUGGGACUGUGGUAAACUGAUAGAAACAGGUUACAGUGUGUUUUUGUGGGAGCAUCAGGGAACAUUUGGUGAGAACAGGGGAAAGGAAUGCAGAAGACAAAUCGGUAGUUUUGAGAGAAGAAACAGUAAAGGCAACAUAAGACUGAAAAACUGAAGACAAGGCCAAGUAGAAGUCAAUAGAUACCAUGGGAGAUAUUGAAUUUAAUUGAUGGAAGACAGAAAUAUAAAAAUGCAAUGAAUGAAGCAGGCAAAAGGGAAUAAAAAUAUCUAAAACAAGAUUGAUAAGAAGUGCCCAAUGGUUAAGCAGGAAUGGCUAGAGCACAAGUGUAAGGACUUCAAAGCAUAUUAUUCUAUGUGAAAGAUAGAUGCUACCUACAGAAAAUUUCUCUUGGAGAAAAGAGAACCACCUGUAUGAAAACAAGUGCACAGAUGAACCAGACCUAAGCCAAGGAGGGAAAACAGAAAUGUGGAAGGAAUACAGUUCCUUUACAAGGGAGAUGCACUUGGGGGCGAUAUUAUGGAAAUGGCUGUGGAUGUAGAUGAAAUGGGAGAUGAUACUGUGUGAAGAAUUUGACAGAAAACUUAAAAGAUAUAAUAGAAACAUGGCCCUGUCAACUGUUCAGUCUGGUGUGCAAGAUGAGACAUGUGAAAUACCCUCAGAUAAUGUAAUAAUUCCCAUUCCAAAGCAAGCAGGUGUGUCAAUAUUACUGGAUGAUCACUUUACUAAGUCAUGGUUGCAAAAUACUACUGCAAAUCCCAGCGUCUUGGGCCGGAAUGCUGAAUUAUUUAGCUAAGUUAGCUGACAAAUUUGGUUGGCCAGAGUUCUUUCAUAAGAAGGGGAUCUGGAAAUACUAGAUAUUAAUCAUCUUCUUGUUUCAGUAUUUGCAGAAACUGGGCAUGCCUUCAAAAUGGCAGAUGGUUGAUGUACUUGGGUUGGAUCCAGAGUUGCUACCCUCUGUGCCACGUCCUGCUCUUGCCAUUAUUCUACUGUUUCCUACAUCACCAAAGUAUGAAGAACAUAAGACUCAGCAGGAGGAAGAAGUUAAGGAGAAGGGACAAACUGUUUCUGAAAAUGUAUUUUAUUUGAAACAAGUUGUUGAAAAUGCAUGUGGUACAAUUGCUCUCAUCCACAGUGUUGCAAACAACACUGAUAAGAUCCAGUUGGGUGAUGGCCAUCUGAAACAAUUCUUGGAAGAUGCUCAAGCCCUUAAUCCUGAUGAACGUGGUGAACUCUUGCAGAAGGCAGAUGGAAUAAUUAACACACACAAGCAGCUAGCUUUAGAAGGCCAGACUGAGGCACCAGACUCCAACACACCUGUGAAUUACCACUUCGUGGCAUUUGUCCACAAGGAUGGGAGUCUCUAUGAAUUAGAUGGAAGGAAGUCAUUUCCAAUAAAUCAUGGACCAACAACUGAGGACUCAUUCUUGGAGGAUGCUGCCAAAGUGUGCCAGCAAUACAUGGCAAGAGAUCCUGAUGAGCUCCAUUUCACAGUAGUGGCACUUACUGCUGCAGAAUAAGUGUUUUGCAGGCUUCUCUAACACUUGCACUAAUAGUGCAGUGAUGUGAUCAUUUUUGUCUUAAGUGUUCUAUUUUUAUUUUUGUGCAAGUAUCUGUCUCAAUAUUUGUCUUUCGAAGUUAAUUUUAUUUGCUGCUGUGUUUAGGGCAGUUCCAAAUAAAAGUGUAUAGGUUUUCAACUUUGUUGACUAGCUUAAAAAUGCUUCAUGCUAGUUGUGCUCAGAUUAUUAUAAAAUGUUACACCAAAGAUUUUGAAACAAUAAAUGUGAUGUGAAACAUAAUGAUCUACAGCCAACAAUAACUACUUAAUUGCUACUUUAUUAAAAUUAUAGUAUUUCAUAACAUAUCAUAUAUAUAUAUUCUCUGGAACUUGUUGGCUUGACUGAUUUUUCGUAGUUAACUAGUUUAGCUUUGUUUGGACAUGAAAAAUAUUUUGAUUACAAUAAGUAUUUUAAUGAUACUCUUAUACUAUAUUGCAUUGUAUGCAGAGCAGUGAAAAAAUUGUGCCUAAAGCAUUAAUUGAAAUUAGUAUUUUCCCCUUUUCAGUCAGUUGUUAAUGGACCAAUAGUCUGCUGAUCCAAUAAAUAUUUUCGAAAGAU